AUGGACGGCGAGAUCCCCCUCCCACCGCCGCGACGAAUCCGGCACCGCUCGCCCGCGACCGCGAACCCCUCGGCGACAGGCUUAGCGGUCUCUUCGUUCCAGCGCGCGCAGCGACUGUCGCGCUUCGAUGACCGCUCUAGUCAACCAUCUAGUGAUCCGGCGCUCUUCUCUAGUGAUGAUAUCCCGGCUUCCGGGCUGGAGAACUAUCAUGCGACGGUGUCCGGGGCGGGUCGCAAACGGCGGUAUCGGGGGACCUGGUGGGGGGAGCAGGUGUUAGAUCCUAAGCGGAAGAGGGCGGACUUUAAGGAUAAGAGGAAUGUUGAUAGUGGUGUGUGGAUGGGGAGUGACGAGUCUGGUGCUGAGUCUCUUUUGCCGUCAGAGGAUGGCUCGAUGUGGGGGGAAGACCUGCGCAAGUCUGUGCUUGAUCCUAGAAAAUCUGGAAACUCUGCACCUUUCCUUACUGAGAUGGAGAACAUGCAGACCCGUGUGUUUAGAAGUGCUGGAGAGUCUGAUGCUCAUCGAUUCGCGCGGGAGGUUGUCGGUGAUUGUCUUGAUAAGGGACUUGAGAGCAUUGAUCUGGGCGACUUCCAUCUGAGAACCAUACCAUCCGGUCUCCUGCCACCCCUACAGCACCUAACGAAGCUUCCAUCUGUCAAGGAAGCCCCAGUUUCAGAGAACGUCUUUACAUCUCUGCAGCCAUUCCUCAGGAUAUAUCUCCCGAACAAUUCCCUAUCAGCCCUGCACAACGAUCUCUUCGAGCUCAGCAACCUCAAAGUCCUCAGCCUACGAAACAACAAGCUGACCGAAAUCCCAUCUACAAUCCGCAGGCUGACAGCGCUGGAGGUCUUGAACCUUUCCGUCAACCAAUUGACCUGCCUUCCCUGGGAGAUCCUCAAACUCAUGCAGCACGGUGAACUGAAACACCUGACCGUACGCCCUAACCCAUUCCUCCCAAUCGAAGAAGCCCAGAUCGCAGAAUGGCACUGCAAACCGAACGAUAAAAAGGAACCAGAAAACGACGAGGUCCCUACUCCUCCAUUCCAAUCCCAAGAGGAAUCCUCUCUCAACGAGGGUUGGGCCCCUCUCCACGUCGCAACAGGCCCAAUCACCUACAUGGAUAUGGAGGGCAAUCCCAUGGGAGACAGCCCAUCCCGCAACAGACCCACUCCCACACCAUCAGGAUCGACAUCUCCUGUAAACGACGCCCCGUCCCUACGCGAAGUCGCGCUCCGCGCUGUGAGCAAGCUCCCCUACCUGGAGCAAACCACCGACGAAGAACUAGCCGAGUAUCCGGCCCUGCUCGUUCCCUUGCUGCAACAAGCGAGGGAAGUGCGCGCUGCUGGUGGACAGCCCUGCUCUGUAUGCCAGCGAGAGUAUGUGAUUCCCCGCACUGAAUGGAUAGAGUGGUGGGACUUUACCCCGUGUGAGAAUGGGAUGAAGAUGCCUCGGUGUCCGGGUGAGAAGCUUCGGCCUCUGCCGUUCCGCCGGUUUGGUUGUAGCUUUUCGUGUGUACCGGGGUCGUGUUGA